AGCGAACCGUGCUCAGUCAGUUUCGGUGUGUUCGCGUCUGCAGUCGUAGUUUGCAGCGCAGCGGUUUCCUCGACGGUACUUUAGUGAAUAUUGGUCUGACGGGUGUGCUUCAUUCCCCAGUGCAGUGUUCUAAAUUGGUGCAACGUCUUGGAGAAGAGAUUUCCUUAAAAAGUGCACUCAAGUACGAGUGCCGGAAGAGAUAGAAAUGCGGUUCCUAGUUACCGUAGUGCUGUUCAGUGUGGUCGCGCUAGUGGCUGCACAAAACAAGGAAGAAAAAGAAUUCAAAUGCCCCGAAGACUUAGGAAAUGGAAACUUUGCCGACCCCAGCACCUGCCGGAGGUUUUACCAGUGCGUAGACGGUUUCCCGUACAUUAACCGGUGUCCAUCAGGGCUAUUCUUCGACGAUGUGCAAAAGUUCUGCACUUUCAAAAACGAGGCCAAGUGCGGUCCCCUUGCGAACCAGCCGACCGCAACCACGGAGGCGCCAGUGGAUCUGGCGAAGAAGUGCAAUCCCGCCGAGUGCGAGCUGCCGUACUGCCUCUGCAACAAGGACGGCACCCAGAUCCCGAAAGGACUCAAUGCCGACGAGAUUCCACAAAUCAUCCUGCUGACCUUUGACGGGGCGGUGAAUUUGAACAACUACGAACACUACAAGAAGGUAUUCAACGGCAAACGGCAGAACCCCAACGGCUGCGACAUCAAGGGGACUUUCUUCAUCUCGCACGAGUACAGCAACUACCAGCAAAUCCAAACGCUUGCUAAUGCCGGACACGAGAUUGCACUGGAAACGAUCUCACUGCAGAUGGGACUGCAAGACAAGGGCUACGAGGAAUGGGUCGGCGAGAUGAUUGGUAUGCGAUCGAUCCUGAAGCACUUCUCCAACGUUUCGUCGAACGAAAUCAACGGAAUGCGAGCACCGUUCUUGAAACCUGGUAGAAAUACUCAAUACAAGGUCAUCGAAGAUUUCGGCUUCAUCUACGACAGUUCGAUCAGCGUACCACCAAGCCCAAUCCCGCUGUGGCCUUACACCCUGGACUACAAAAUCCCACACCAGUGCAAAAGUGGAACUUGUCCGACCAAGUCGUUCCCCGGUAUUUGGGAAGUUCCAUUGAAUGCCCACUACGUUGAGAGCUACGAAGGAGGCCACUGUCCUUACAUGGAUCAAUGCGUCCUACAUAACCACGAUGCCGAUGACGUGUUCGCCUGGCUGCAAGAGGACUUCGAACGGUACUACUACCAGAACAAAGCCCCCUACAUGAUGCCCUUCCAUACCAACUGGUUCCAAAUCCGAGAGCUGGAGCGUGGCCUUUACAAAUUCCUCGAUUGGACACAAACUCUUCCCGACGUGUGGUUCGUGACGGUAACACAGGCCCUCACCUGGAUCACCGAUCCGAGAACGUUGAACCAGCUCAACAACUACGAGCCGUGGAAUUGCAAGACCAAAACCACCCAAACUCCGAAGCCAUGCAACAUCUCCAACAAAUGUGCCCUGGCUUUCAAAGAGCCGACCUCCAACAUCAGCGAUACCCGCUACAUGGAAACGUGCUUUGAUUGCCCGGCGGUGUAUCCUUGGCUGGGAGACUCCCACGGCACGGGUAUUCCCGGACGAGACAACUACAUCGACCAGAGUGGAGCCGGAGGUGGCGGUGACGAUAAGGGCACCGCUGAGGAAGAGGAAAACUAGGAGUCUGAGUCUUUGUGAUGUCCUCCAUAAGACACGCUACUUUUAGAGUAUUUAAACUUUAUUAAAAAAGAUAAAAACCAAUUUCUAUUGAGCGCUGAAGCGCUACACGUGGGAGCCAAAUUAAACGCUGUGUACUUCCCUCCGUUGCAGGGAAGGAAUAUUCUA